UGGCGGGCGGGGACCGCGCUGCGCCGGCGGCCAGGAGCCCGGCCCGAGGGAUGCCGCCAGCCCACACCCACAGGGACGCCCAGCAGCCCCCCCUGCCAUGAUCCACCCGGGCAGCGGCACCCCUCCGGGAGAGGCACUUUUGCCCAGCGUGGCUCCCCAGGACUUCUGGAGGUCGCAGGUCUCAGCCUACACAGGCUCAGUGACCCGUCACAUCAGCCACCGGGCCAACAACUUCAAACGCCACCCAAAGAGGAGAAAGUGCAUCCGGCCCUCCCCACCCCCACCUCCCAACACCCCCUGUCCCAUUGAGCGGGUAGACUUUGGGGACCUGCACCCCCAGAGGUCCUUCCGGGAGCUGCUCUUCAACGGCUGUGUCCUAUUUGGCAUCGAGUUCAGCUAUGCCAUGGAGACGGCAUAUGUGACACCAGUGCUGCUGCAGAUGGGCCUGCCCGACCAGCUCUACAGCCUGGUGUGGUUCAUCAGCCCCAUCCUCGGGUUCCUGCUGCAGCCUCUGUUGGGUGCUUGGAGUGACCGGUGUACCUCAAGGUUUGGAAGGAGACGCCCUUUCAUUCUUGUCCUGGCGAUAGGGGCGCUGCUGGGCCUCUCGCUCCUGCUGAAUGGCAGGGACAUCGGCGCAGCCCUGGCUGACACGGCCACCAGCCACAAGUGGGGCAUCCUGCUGACGGUGUGCGGCGUGGUGCUCAUGGACUUCAGCGCCGACUCGGCGGACAACCCGAGCCACGCCUACAUGAUGGACGUGUGCGGCCCUGCCGACCAGGACCGGGGCCUGAACAUCCACGCGCUGCUGGCUGGUCUGGGAGGAGGCUUUGGCUACGUGGUUGGCGGGAUCCACUGGGACAAAACGGGCUUCGGGAAGGCUCUGGGAGGCCAGCUCCGCGUCAUUUACAUCUUCACCGCUGUCACCCUCAGCGUCACCACUGUGCUGACCCUGGUCAGCAUCCCCGAAAGGCCGCUGCGGCCCCUUGGCGAGAAGAGGCCGGCCAUGAAGAGCCCCAGCCUCCCACUGCCUCCGUCCCCGCCCGGCCUGCAGGACGAGGUCGCGGGCCACUCGCUCCCCGCCCCCGGGGCCCCUGUCGUGUGCCCCGGCCUCUGCACCCCCAUCUCUCCGCCCAGCCCGCUCACGCCCAAGUACGGCAGUUUCCUCAGCAGGGACAGCUCCCUGACCGGCCUCAGCGAGUUUGCGUCCUCCUUCGGCACGUCCAACAUAGACGGCGUCCUCAUCGACUGCUUCACGGGCGGCCAGGACCACUACCUGGCCCUGCCGGCCAGCUUUCCGCGGGCCCCCGACGGCUUCUACCACCAAGGCCGGGGACUGCUGGACAGGAGGGACAGCGGCCUGGCCCCUGGCGAAGGGGACGUGCUGAGGGUGGGUUCCCUCGACGCCCCCAAGCCGCGGGCCUCCGGGAUCCUGAAGAGACCUCAGACCUUGGCUCUCCCCGAGGCCGCAGGAGGAGGUGGCCCUGACACCAGCAGGAGAAGAAACGUGACCUUCAGCCAACAGGUGGCAAACAUCCUGCUCAACGGCGUGAAGUACGAGAGCAAGCUGACGGGCUCUGGAGAGCCUUCGGAGCAGCCGCUGUCCCUGCGCCGCCUCUGUGCCACCAUCUGUCACAUGCCCAAGGCCCUGCGCAACCUGUGUGUCAACCACUUCCUGGGCUGGCUGUCCUUUGAGGGCAUGCUGCUCUUCUACACUGACUUCAUGGGUGAAGUGGUGUUCCAGGGUGACCCCAGGGCCCCGCACGCGUCUGAGGAGUACCAGAAGUACAACAGCGGUGUGACCAUGGGCUGCUGGGGCAUGUGCAUCUACGCCUUCAGUGCCGCGCUCUACUCAGCCCUCCUGGAGAAGCUGGAAGGCUGCCUGAGCACCCGCACGCUCUACUUCAUCGCCUACCUUGCCUUUGGCCUGGGCACCGGGCUGGCCACGCUGUCCCGCAACCUCUACGUGGUCCUGUCACUCUGCACCACCUAUGGCGUCCUGUUCUCCACGCUCUGCACGCUGCCCUACUCUCUGCUCUGCGAGUACUACCACAGCAAGGCGUUCGCAGGGUCCGUCGCAGAUGGCACACGGCGUGGCAUGGGCGUGGACAUCUCGCUGCUGAGCUGCCAGUAUUUCCUGGCCCAGAUCCUGGUCUCCCUGGUCCUGGGGCCGCUGACUUCGGCUGUGGGCAGCGCCAGCGGGGUGAUGUACUUCUCCAGCCUCGUGUCCUUCUUGGGCUGUGUGUACUCCUCCCUGUUUGUCAUCUACGAGAUCCCCCCAGGAGAUGCGGGAGAGGAGGAGCACCAGCCGCUCCUGCUGGCUGUCUGAGGACCCUCCGCCACCCCCACUCUGGACUCUGCCUGUGCCUGAGAGCCCAAGGGCCGGCUCCACUGGAAUGUAAA